CAAAGGCGGAACUUCCGGCGUCCUCAUCAUGUCGCCUAUUCUUACAACUAUGUUUUGGUUCUAAAGCGUCCGGUCGGGACCGAGAAAGGGCAGAGGAAUCGUGGUCUCCGCCGCACUGACACGGGUCUGAAGCGCCGCCAGAGUGACCCGCGCUCUUGGGCCCUCCUCUCCUGCCGCUCCCGCCCCGCCCCGCCCACAGAGUUCGAUGGCGGCAGUCGCGCUGAGCGGUCCGGCUCAGGGCAGUGUGACCUUUGAAGAUGUGGCCGUGUUCUUCUCCUGGGAGGAGUGGGAGCUCCUUGAUGAGGCUCAAAGACACCUGUACCAUGAUGUGAUGCUGGAGAACUUGAGACUUAUAACCUCCCCGGGUUGUUGGUGUGGGGCAGAGGAUGAGGCACCUGAGCAGAGCAUUUCUGUAGAGAGAGUGUCACAGGUCAGGAGUUCCAAGGCAGGUCUGUCUUCCCAGAGGGCCCAUCCAUGUGAGAGGUGUACCCCAGUGCUGAAAGAUAUUUUGCACUUGGCUGAUCACCAGGGAAGAACACAUCAUGGACAGAAGCUGUGCAGGCUUGCCUCAUGUGGGAAACAGUUAUAUUUCAGUGCAAACCUCCCUCAGCACCAGACACAGAACAUCGGAGAGAAACCCUUCAGAAUCGAUGUGAGCAGAGCCUCCUUUGGGAAUGACUGCACAUUUCAUGUGUCUGGGAAGCGCUUUACCUGCUGGGUGGUUGGGAAGGACUUCCUGGCCACUUCAGGAUUUCUCCAGGUGCAAACCACUAACACUGAAGAAACUUCAAACACUGGAACCAAGUAUGUGGCAGCCUUCACCAGGCAAAAAACGCAUUACAAUCCUCAAGAAUGCACAAAAGCUUUGAGGUACAAACACACCCUUGUUCAUCACCAGAGAGUCCUCAAUAGAGAAAGAUGUUACAUAUGCAGUGAAUGUGGGAAAUCCUUUGGCCAGAGCUACAGCCUUAUUAGACACUGGAGAGUUCACUCGGAAGAAAGGCCUUAUGAGUGCGGGCAAUGUGGGAAAUCCUUUAGCAAAAGCUGUACCCUCAGUAACCAUCAGAGAGUUCACACUGGAGAAAGGCCUUAUGAAUGUAGGGAAUGUGGGAAGACCUUUACCCACAGCUCUAACCUCAUGAAACACCAAAGAGUUCACACUGCAGAAAGGCCUUAUGAGUGCAAAGAAUGUGGGAAAUUCUUUACCUACAGGUCCAUUCUCUUAGAACACCAAAGAGUUCACACUGGAGAAAGGCCUUAUGAAUGCAGCGAAUGUGGGAAAUCAUUUAGCCAAAGAUCCCACCUCAAUAACCAUGGGAGAAUUCACACUGGAGAAAGGCCAUAUGAAUGCUGUCAAUGUGGAAAAUCAUUUAGCCAUAGCUCCAGCCUCAUUAAACACCAGAUAGUUCACAGUGGAGAAAGACCUUAUGAAUGUGGGGAAUGUGGGAAGUCCUUUUAUCAAAAUUCUGGCCUCAUUCAACACCAGAGAGUUCACACUGGAAUAAGGCCUUAUGAGUGUGGUGAAUGUGGAAAAUUAUUUAGUAACAAAUCCAACCUCAAUAAACAUUGGAGAGUUCACACUGGAGAAAGGCCUUAUGAGUGCUGUGAAUGUGGGAAAUCCUUUAGUCAAAGCUCCAGUCUCAUUCAACACCAGAAGGUACACACCAGAUAAUGGCCUUAUGAGUGAUGUUAUGUCCCCCCCACAUUCAUAUGUUGAAACCCUAUUCCCUAGUGUGAUAGUAUUAGGAGGUAAGGUCUUUGGGAGAUAAUUAGGAUAAAAAUGGGUCAUGAGAGUAGAACCAUCAUGAAUGGGAUUAGUGUCCUUAUAAGAAUCGAAAGAGUUUUCUUUCUCCAUCUACUAUUUUAGGACCCUUUGAGAAGAUGGUCCUCUAUGAAGCAGGAAGCAAGUUUUCACUAGACACUGGACUGACCAUAUAUGGACCAUGAUGUCAGAUGUCCAGCCUUCAGAAGUGUGAGAAAUAAAUUUCUGUUGUUUAUAAGCCCCCCAGUUUGUACUAUUUUAUAGCAGCCCAAGCUAAGACAAAUGUGUAGAAUAUGGGUAAUCCUUUAACCAAAGAUACAGUCUCAUAAAAAUCAGAAAAUUCACACUGGAAUAAAGCCUUUAUGAGUGCA